AUGGUCAAGAAGGCAAAACAGAGGGUCUCCUAUGUGCUUCCCCUCGCCAACUCGCCUGGCGGGCAUCGUCUUGGGGUCAACGGCCUUGCCGUAGACAGUCACCAGUCCAUUCUCUAUUCUGGUGGCCGGGAUGGAGCAAUAUGCGCAUGGAACCUCAACCUCAACCUCAACCUCGAGAGCUCGCCUGAUGCGGAGAAUCCAUUUGAGUCCGCGGAAGAUCCGCCAGAGCCGACGUCAAACUCCAAGGCAUCUACGACCUUUCGCGCCCAAACACAGGCGCAUACACACUGGGUGAAUGACAUAGUGCUUGCGCAAAACAAUACGGCUUUGGUAUCGGCGUCGUCGGACUUGACUGUGAAAGUCUGGCAUCCCUUUUCGGACGACUUGGAGGCACCACAAACUAUUGGGCAGCAUGCGGACUACGUGAAGUGUCUGGCGACACCCAAUUCCCAGGCAGACUGGGUCGCAUCUGGCGGACUCGAUCGCAAAAUAUGCCUCUGGGAUCUUAGUGGAGCAGGGAAGAAACUCGAGAUAGAGGUUGGAGAUGAGGAGAAGAGUGAGAAGGGCUCUGUCUACGCGUUGAGUGCUAGCCGAAGCAUACUUGCAAGUGGGGGCCCUGAAUCUAUUGUACGAUUAUGGGAUCCAAGGUCCGGGAAGAGGGUCACCAAAUUCGUCGGCCAUACGGACAACAUCAGGGAUAUUCUAAUCAAUGAAACUGGCGACACAAUCAUGACUGCCAGCUCAGACCAGACAGUGAAAGUCUGGAGCGUUACCGCUGGUCGGUGCAUGCAUACUCUGACAAUGCAUAAUGAUAGUGUUUGGUCUCUCUAUUCAGAUGACCCACAGCUUGGUAUUUUUUAUAGUGGCGACAGGUCAGGGCUUGUUGUGAAGACUGAUGUUCGUGGGACGCUCGGUGAGAUGGAUGACGGUCUUUCUUUGGCUGUUGCUCAAGAGCACGAUGGUGUCAACAAAGUAAUUGCUCACGGGGACUAUAUAUGGACUGCAACUUCUAGCUCUUCCAUAAAUCGAUGGUCAAACGUGGAUACGGGCGCGGAUAUUCAGUUACCAGAAGCUUACAGGCGCCAGCGUGCCUCAAGUGUAGCGUCACGUCCAAAGCAGCUCUCACCACCUACAACUAAUGGCCAUCCAAAAAAGGAGAUACCAGCGCAGUCAGUCUUGAAGAUUUCACAUACUGCAAGUUUUCCUUCAGCUGCAGCAAGGGAUCCGGAUACGGCGACCACAAUUUCCGCGCUGAGCGCAGCUCGGAAAGGGUCCGAGAUAAUUGUUGACCCAGAUAUAGGAUUUGUUGUGCCAAUUCUUUCUCUGCCUGAAGAGACAAUCGAAGGUCAACAUGGCUUGGUCAAACAUAAGUUACUUAAUGAUAGGCGGAGGGCCUUGACAUUGGAUACCGCUGGAGAUGUGCUGUUAUGGGAUUUGUUACGAUGCAUUCCUAUUCAGUCUUUUGGAAAAAGACAUCUCGAAGAUGUGGAGCCUGAGGUAAACACUAUGGAAGCAGUUGCGCCUUGGUGCUCAAUAGAUACUCGAACGGGCCGUCUGGCUGUGGUCUUGGAGGAAUACAACUGCUUCGAUGCGGAAAUGUACGCUGAUGAGCUCGAGCUGGAAGAGCCGGUUGAAUUUCGAGACGACCAAAGAAUCAACCUUGGGAAAUGGGUCCUAAGAUACAUAUUCGCAAAUCUCAUUGAUGAAGCAAUCAAAAGAGACGAGGAUUAUCGUAAGGAGCUUAACGAGAACGUAAAGAAAGGUGUUCAACGUGCAAAUGCACCAACAUCCAUUCAACUACCUCCGUCCACCCAAGAAGCUUGGGUGGAAGGCACGCCGCCUACACUGACACCUCGAGCAAAUGGCAAUUCCUAUCCUAUGACCCCGGGUAUGGGGAUUGGUGUUGCAACACCCUCAGCUAUGAAUCAUUUGCCUGGCGUUCCUGAGGAUGGUGCUCCCCUUGAUAAACGAGCUUCUCACGCAAGCCGUGUCUCUGGUGACAAGGAUGGCGAUUAUUUCUCAAGUACACUGAUUGCGUCCGAGACGGCUGCAAAGUCAGCAGCUACACCGGGUGAAGGACAAGAUGAGAAACCACCUAAAUCGCCCUCUGAUGUCGACAAAGAGAACAAUGGUGGUAAGGACACCAACACUCUCUUCGGGAAGAAAUUUCGCAUGGGGAUGUCUUUUGGCAGCAAGAAGCUUGGACGGUCACCAUCCACAAAUAUAGAGAAGCCUGUAGUAGUAGAUGAGAAGGUGGAAGAUGGCUCGGACUUAUCCGAAAAUGGCGAAAAGGAGAAAGAAGUCGAUGAUAGUUUCUUUGGUGUAGUCCAGACGAUUAGAAACGAAUACGACAAGGCCUUAUUGGAGAAUCCAGACCGGUUGGUUGAGAGCGGUAUCACGCCUAGCCUGCCAAACGAGACGCCUGUACUAAAACACCCGCCUAUGACUACGGUCAUCGUUCAAGAGGAGACCUCUGGUGGCAGUGCGGACUUGUACAGAGGGACCGUUGCAACGGUUGGUGAAGAUGCAAGUCUGAUAGAGCAGCGAGCGCCUAUGUGGGUUGGAGAUCUACUUUUAAGGAACAAAAUCCCGUUUAAGGAACCGGUGAAGGUUUCGUUUAUCCUUCAGCCUUGGCAAGACCUGCUGCCCAGUAUUGCUGGACCAGAUGGGAACGCCCGCUUGAAUGCGAACAGAAUGCUCCGGGUCAAGAAGAUUCUUGCAUACGUUGCAGAACGCAUUGAAGCAGCCCCAGAGACACCAGAUCCCGAUGCCUUGAAGCCAGAGGAAUAUCUAGAGCUUUAUUGUUAUGACCAGAAAUUGCCAAUCACCAUGAGUCUUGCAACUCUGCGUGCCCACGUCUGGAAGGGAGGUGCGGAUGUAAUGCUGUACUACAAAAGCAAUGGUAGGAAGCAAAUUUCUCAAGUGACGCCCCCGGAGCCUUCCACAGAAAGUCCUCCAGACGCACAGGCUGCACCACCAUGA